AUGCGGAUACUGGUUUGGCUCGCUUGCGUGGCUGCCUUCGGGCUACUCUCUCUAGUUGCUGCUGACACGGUCUUCUCUCAUGACACCCGAUCACAUACGGUGACCAUCGAGCCUGGCGUGCUUCCAGAAGCGCAGGGUUUUGGGCGACUGCGACUUCGCACUGGGGAAUGGAUGUACAGCUUUAAUCCUGGAGAAGAGGCCUCCUUUUUCAGCUCCGAAGACUCUGCGAGUCGGCAGUGGCUGCAGUGGAAGGCGGAACUGCGUCUUUUGCAAGAGUAUCGACAGAGGCAGCAUCUGGGCCGCUACUCUACCGGAGGUGAAAAGACGGACACCUCAGCCAAUCAGGGGAACAGUGAAGGACGCGACCCAACAGCACUGCCCAUUGUAGAUUACUUCGCUGAUCGAAACGUGCGGAGACGCCACGCCGAGAGGCUGAGAAAGCAGUCGCUCUACAACCUCAGCGAUUCGGAAGAGGCUGCUGAUGCUCGUGUGUUGGUGGAAAACGAAAUAGCGGCUAUGUGGCAUCUCGUCCAGUCGACUGGUAGAAGUAACGGCACGAAUGAUCAGGAGUUCCUGGGCCUCGUGGAACGGCACUUUUCUCACACGCUCACCAACAGAAGCGCGGCGGCACCAUCCAGGUUUUUACCAUCGCUCCCACGUGCACUCCUUCGCCUCCCCCUAGUGCUCGAUGCCGAGGUGGUGCCCUUCAUGGAGCGCGAGGUGGGCCAUGUGCGCGAUCUGUGGAAGCUCCGGCUCGCGGACGGGGUGGCACCAGCAGCAUCGAACGACGAGGUAGAGUCACAGCUGCAGCUCCUCUCUACGACCAUCGAGGAUAGCAAGACGGUGGCCACCGCGGUGGCGACCCUGGUAGAGCCUUUGGUUGAUGCAGCGCUCAGCUGGGUGGCGUCGUCGCUCACUGCAACACGCGAGGCGAUUGUCACGAACGACGAGUCUACGGAGGCAAAGCGAUCGGAGCUGAAACGGCUGCUCAAGCAGCAGUCUGUACUGCACAAGGUGAGGCCAACGCUGGAGAAGUACAGCAAGGUGUACCAGGGUGUUGUGCGACGGGGGCAGCUUCCGAACGCCGAGGCGACACUUUUCGCGCUUCAGCUGAUAGCCAAGCAACGCUUUGGCGACAACGUGUCUGGGCUCGUCGAGGCGGUCCCCUCCCUUAGCGUUACGGCACCUCUUACUGGGUUACUGGAGCAAGAGUGGCGGGUGCACGUGCUAGCACCGUACGGUAUAUGUGUUCUUGCAACAGCCACCUUCAUUUGGCUCUGUGAGGAGCUGAAGGAGCGGCUUCUCUCCCGAGUGCGAGCCCGUCGGCUUUGUCCAAUGCCUUGCUCACCUUGCGGCAUGACCACGUCGUUGUCGAACUGCGCGCGGCAGGCGUACAUGCUCAUCUCGCUCCUCGAGCUCGUUGUACCGCCGCUUCUCCCGAUUAUUGUGCUACUGAUACACCUGCGCGGGGUGCGGUUUUGGAUAUGCAGUUUGAUUGCCUUGAUGCGCCCUUGCCAGCUCACAGUGUGCCUCGCGUCUGGCGCAUUCUUGCUAGCCGCGAACUACCUCGUCGCCAGGGUGGUUCGGCGUGUCUUUCAGAUCGUCAGCCCCUCUGUGUAUCGCCGCCGUCUUGCCAAAAGUAAGUGA